GAGGGAGGAGGAGAGAUGCUGUGUGGAAGAAGAAGAAGAAGAACAAAACCGGAAGUAUCCUUCUCGACUUGCUUCUCCCUCUUCGUCUGUCUCCGUCAGCUAAAACCCUAAUUCCCUCCCAUCUCACUCUCGAAAGCUUAUCACUUUCUCCUUCUAUACACGCGGAUCAAAUUCAAAGUCCUGAGCUUUAUCAGCCGCCGUCGAAUCGGUUCCGAUUCUUUUCCCGUGGGGGGAUACGGAUCUGGGUUCUCUCUGUGUGUUGCUUUGAGCUGAUCUGUAUCAAUUGUCUCUUUCUUCGGGGGAAGAUAGAAAAGGAAAUUUUGUCUGUGGAGAUUCGAAAAUUUUGAUAUGAGUGAGGGCGGCGGCGGCGGAGGAGGAGGAGGAGGAGGCGAAUUCCCGCCAAAAAAGGAAGAUGUAACUGACAAGUCUUGUUUCCCGACGAAGACGCCAGCGAGGCAACUCGACUUCACUGGUGGAAAUUCACUGUCUAAACCAGCGGCUCCUACUGCUGUCGUCGCUGCUACGAACAUGGUCACUCCCUCCGUUCCUUCACCGAUGGCGUCGCGGCUUCACCCGGUGGGACGACCAGUGGGACGACCGACGUUGCACGUGGUGACGACUAAUCAGCCGUCACAGGCACAAAUCCUUAAGCAUCCAAAGCCGGAGUCUCCAAUAUCUAGACCGAGGCCGCCUAUUGUGGAAGGUAGAGAUGGAACCCCUCAAAAGAAGAAGCAGUGUAACUGCAAACACUCUCGCUGCUUGAAACUGUACUGUGAAUGCUUUGCGUCCGGAACAUACUGUGAUGGUUGUAACUGUGUCAAUUGUUUCAACAACGUUGACAACGAACCUGCAAGACGAGAUGCUGUUGAAGCAACUCUGGAGCGGAAUCCUAAUGCUUUCAGGCCUAAAAUUGCUAGCAGUCCUCAUGGUGUCAGGGAUAAAAGGGAGGAGAUUGGUGAAGUUGUGUUGUUAGGGAAACACAACAAAGGAUGUCACUGCAAGAAAUCAGGAUGCCUUAAGAAGUAUUGCGAGUGCUUUCAAGCCAACAUUCUUUGUUCUGAGAACUGCAAAUGCUUGGAUUGCAAAAACUUUGACGGAAGUGAGGAGAGACAAGCUCUGUUUCACGGUGAACAUGCCAACAACAUGGCUUAUCUCCAACAAGCAGCAAAUGCAGCCAUUACUGGAGCUGUUGGUUCCUCUGGCUUUGCUCCUUCCCCAGCACCUAAGAGAAGGAAAGGUCAUGAUAUUUCUUUCAACCAAGCAACCAAAGAUCCAUCCACCCAUCGACUUGGCCAGUUUCCACAGGCAAAUAAUGGAAGAACCGCAGGUUCAUCUCCAGCAACUGUUUCUCGGCCUGGUGGCAAUUCAUCGGCAGCUCCAUCAAAGUUUGUAUAUAGGUCUCUCUUAGCAGAUAUAAUCCAACCGCAGGAUGUGAAAGCUCUUUGCUCUGUCUUGGUUGCUGUAGCCGGAGAAGCAGCAAAGACAUUAACAGAUGAAAGAAAUGAAACAGAAGCUUCUUUAGCUUCUUCUGCACAAGAUAACUCCCAAGGGAAUAAAGAUGUUGCAGCUGAUGGAAACCAAGCUGAUAAGUCUGGACCAGAGGGUUCCAACUCAGAUGGCGCCGAUGCCUCUAAAGGAAAGCCACUAUCCCCAGCAACUAUGGCUCUGAUGUGUGAUGAACAGGACACUAUCUUCAUGGUAGCAGCAGCUGAACCUAAUGGUUCAGUUGAUCCCGGUGGCUGCAGAACAAACUCACAGGAGCAGUCAGAGAUUUACGCAGAGCAGGAGAGAGCGGUAUUAACCAAAUUCAGAGAUUGCCUUAGCAGACUUAUCUCUUACGCAGAAAUAAAAGAAUCAAAAUGUUCAUAUCUAGCAAGAAGGCAUAUACAGCCACCCCCAACCGCAACCGCAACAGUGAAAACCGAGAAUGGGAUUCAGCAAAUACCACCAGUUGUGAAUGGAGCUUCACGAACCACUGCUCAACCUACAGUCAGCAAACCACAGCCGUUGCAGCCAACGACCACAACUAAUACCUCAACCACUCAGCAGCAUCCUCAUAAACCUCCAGCUUUACCGGAGAAGAAAGACCCUCAGAAUCAAUAAAUUACACUCUACUUAGGACAACAAUAGCUUACCAGAGAGAACAUAAACAACAAAGCUGAAAUCUACCUACCUCACCACCGCCUCAUUUUCCGAGGUAAUGUUACCAUAAUUUUCCUUGUCUCCUCUUUAAAAGCCUCUUGCAGAUUUUUGGAGAGCUUUGUUUCUUUACUACACGAGUUAUUUAUCAUUACUUGUUAGUUUUCUUGUGUUCUGUUGAUGGUUUUAGUUGCUGAAACAUACUUGUUUAUUAUGUCUGAGGUUCUCUUUCAACUUCUGUAACAUUAGAGAGUAAUAACAUAAUAAUAAAGUCCCGAUUUUACAAAAGAUGUAAAUGAGAUAAUAUUCACUUUGACC